AUGGCGCGAAAGCAAAAGCCCAGACUUCCAUCUCCAGGGGAGGUUUUGUAUCCUUUGGAUGGGAACCCUGAAAAGGCCACCGUUGUAAAUCCCAAAGGGUUAAAUCUCACAGUCUAUGUUUGGCGGGUGCAGCAGCCUAAAGCAGCAGUGCUGUUUAUUCACGGUGUGCAGACGCACGCGAGGUUCGAGUUCCUUAGACACCUCUCUCCAGAGGAGCCGGACAUCCCUGUAACGACUGCAGGAGCAGCGGCAACGGCAGAAACGGCAACUGCGGUGGUAGCAAGGGAGUCAGUGGGGUCCAAACACGGCGGACAGCAGUACCGUCGUUGGUGUAUAUACGAGGGUAGCUGGAUACAACAGCUGAACAGGGCGGGCUGUUCUGUGUAUGGAGGGGACCUCGAGAGUUUUGGCCUCUCUGAAGGAUGGAAGGGGCGUCGUUGCAGCGUUGAACGCCUCGACGACUUGGGUUGUGAUGUAAUAACAUUUGCUGAGUUUGUUGCUGAAGAUCUAACAAAGCAGCAUCAACGCAACAAUAAUCAUAGUGACAGUCCUAUGCUUCCCCCCAUCUGUCUCGUGGGUAUUUCUAUGGGUGGGUUUUCUGUCAUCCGAGCACUUGAACUCAUGGGUGAGAGAAAGCAUUGGCUGCUUCUGCCUGCUAAACUUCCUGCCUCUGGUGUUCCCAAUGCCGUUGCAUACCAUGAUAAAGCAGAAGGGGAUGCAGCAGAGGGAGCUGCGGCAGGUGGGGCUGCAGCAGAUGGGUCCACUGCUCCUCCUGAAAGUACAAACGGAUCUUCACAUAAUGCUUCUGCUUCUCCUGAACGUGCUCAUAUCGUGGCAUGUGUUGCUUUGGCACCGAUGCUGGCCAUAGAGAAGGCAAGCUCUGGUGCCUUUAACAAAGCAAUAGCUAAAGUAAGCGGAGUCCUCUCGAAGGUCACUCCACAUAUUGGCGCUGUCAAGGUACCCCCCGCACGCCUACGCUGGGUCGACGUGCAGAAAGACGAGGACCCGUUGGUGACCUGCCCUUUGAAGAUCCCUUGCCGGAUGGCAGCUGAAGUGAUGGCUGCAGUCCCUCGUGUGCAUGCCGAAGCCAAGAAUAUCCCUAGCCAUCUUCGCCUUAAAAUCAUCCACGCGAGAGAGGACGCCAUUGUAGAGCCACAAGUAAGUGCUUUGGAGCUCAGCCACACAGUAACAGCAGCUGCUGCAGAGCCCCAAGUGAAGCAGCAGCAGACGGGGUUGUCGUUAGUUUCGCCUGAUAGCAAUGGGGGUAGCAUUCGCUUUAUCAACGAAUCGGCUACGCACAUCAGUGAGCGUGAGCUGCAGAUCCUAGAGGGGGAGCGGGGGCACUACCUGGUCAUCGAGCCCGGAAAUGAAGAAGUGUUGAGCGCUAUCAAAGAAUGGUUUAAGCUAUACUAG